UUACUGGGUUCAACUUUCUGUUCGUACACGUUUAUUACUAUAGCUAGUGCGUUCCCGGUGUGCGCGUGAAAACGCCAUGGCUAACACGCGCAGUUGCCCACCAUCCCAAACAUUCCGGCACAUAUGAGCAGAAUACCUGCAGCUCUGCUGUAUCUGACGAUAUACAAUCCUACCAUACGUCCUAAUACCACGGUCGACGAAGGCGACGAAGACGCAGAGGAACAAGCCCAGAUUCUCUUCUACACCUCACGAGACCAGGCCACUUCACGGGACAAGACACUGAGGCAGGUCGGGCUCGCUAAAGCCCUCAUACAUUUCGCAGAGACAUUCCAGACAGCAAGUUCAUACCAGAAUGUCCACUCCCAAUCUAGGAGAAUGGUGAUGCUUAGUCCAGAACCUAAUUUCUGGAUACAUGCAGCCAUCGAAUUGGCCAAAACUCUUCAACCUCAGUCCUCGAAGUCGAAGUCGAAAUCGAAGGAUAAAGGGAAGGCGAAGGAAGCAAGCGGCGGGGACACACCUGCCCCCGAGUACUACGACGGCUCACUACACGACUCGGCUAUUCGUGCUCGUUUGCUGCGGGGUUACGAACAAUUCAAGAUAGUUCACGGAUCCUUUACCUCUAUAUUAGACUCACAGGGACAACAAGCAUUGGAAUCACAACUCGAACACUUCUUCACCAUCUGGGCGUGGUCUUGGGAUUUGGAAGGAAACUCUAAUCUGUCUUUGGACCUUGGUCCGCCACUCCAUCCCAUAUAUCCCGCAAUACUCCCGGUCAUCGAUACCUUUUCUUCACACCUACCUGAAGGUCUGGAAACUAUUGUACUGACACCAGAUCAUGUCGCUCCCUCUACUGGAUAUAGAAGUCUACAUUAUCCUACAACUCUUGCACGCCACUUAAUGGGUCUGGUCUCACGGAGUCAUCAUGAAACUAGGGCAGGGUUACCCCAUCUAGACCGACCGUCCGAAAAGGCAGAGCUGCCGGACAAUGGUGUAGGACCAUCUUCAACUGCGGACGCCCAUGCAUCCAAUGCGUCCAAUGGUUUUCUCGGAAUUCCCUCGAAGGCCGCAGACGCCCGGAAAUGGGGAUGGCCUGGCGGAUUCUUUCUGAGCCGGAACUCAGUUAGAAAAUCCAGUAACGCAAACUCGGUAACCCAAGGUAGCCCUCCGGGGUCUAUCGCUGGCAGUUCCGUUGCGCCGAUUGAUCAAGACGCGUUGGACGAUGCGAUCUCCCACAACUCGUUUGGUUCAAACGAACAGCAGGAUAGAGGAUUUCCGCAUGCGGACUUAACGCCAUGCACAAAUGGUGACGUGUCGCACGACAAUGCAGAGCAGCAAAGGUUUCAGCCGCUCGGUGUGGGAACUCCCCGUCCAUCGAGAGCCCCUUCUCCCACGUUGACAACCUCGGAGGCAAGAUCGAGCUCCCGCUCAGAACUCAAUGACUGCAAAGCAUCGCAUCGCAUACAUUUUAUAUUUCUUGACGUGUUUUUAGCUCCUGAUGACAAACCUUGGGCAACUUCCCGCCGCGCUGUUGCUUUGCUGAAGAGGAACGAUAUUGCAGUCGCACUCGUUAGCAGCGAUGACAAUGACCGCAUCCCCAAUGACGUUGAAGCGCUGGCGUCACAAACUUCACAGCUCCUAGAGGAAAUUGAUGUUACUUUGUCUGAAGAUGCUCAACGAACUCUGGACUCUUCACUGCCGUCCGCGACGAAGAUACUGCAACCUCGGGAUGCCCAUUUAAUGAAAUCACAUGACUAUAUUCUCGGAGGUACCGGAAUGUCUUCCCUCACUGAUCACCUCUAUGAUGCAAAGGAGCUGCUAGAGAGACAACCAAACACAGUGGAAGUCUUCUCGAGAGGCUUGAGUCCGCAACACUGGCAUGUAGUUCACCGCGAAGAUGGCAGGGGAGAAAUUUACGUACAAGUUGCGCGCAAGGAAGCCAGCUUAUCGGAUGUCGACAACGUCGUACAAAAGCUGUAUAAAAGUUAUCCAUGAUGGCUGUUGAUGUGCCACAUUUUGUUGGGACAAUUGUGCUUGGCGAGGGCUUGUGCGUAUGUGCCGCAAUUCCGACUGAUCUUCUACUAUUCGGAUCAUACAGAAAUACAGGAGCCAGAGUGAAACGCACAACGUCCCUUUUUUAUCUGCUUCAUUCUCAUAUCUCCCGCCACAGUGCUUUCAGGGAAUACGUCGCGCAAGUGGGAUGCUC